AUGAGUGAUACACCUAGAUCAAAAAAAUCAAAGGUAAUGGGAAAACAACCCGAUCUUCGACAAUUUAUAUUCAAGAAAAUGAAAUCUCAAGAUAAUUCAUGUUCUUCAACGCCACCGGUAGAUAGUGGUACUCCAUCAUCUAAUGCUAGUGCAUCUCCAUCUUAUGAUUCUCCUCAAAUUAACGAAAAUGAUAUGAAUUUGGGUGGUUCAAAUACGGAUAAUGUGCCAUUAGAGAAUGAAGAGUUGGUUUAUGAUGUUGAACUUCUUCCUCAUGACCCGGGAAAAAGAAUAAACAUAAUGGAUUAUCCUUCAAAUCAACGUAAUGCGAUUAGGAGGGCAUAUAUCCUUAAAAAACCUUGUCAACCAAAAACUCAUAACUUUCCUCAAAGAGAUCUUGGUGGGCCGCGUCCGCGUCGAUUUGUUGCUUCUUGGUUUGAUAAGUGGGAUUGGCUUGAAUAUAGUAUCGAGAAAAAUGCGGCAUUUUGUUUUGUUUGUUACUUGUUUAAGAAUGAUAUUGAAGUUAAUGUGGGAGGAGAUGCAUUUGUAGAGGGAGGAUUUAGGUCAUGGAAUAAAUCGGAAAGGUUUAAGACACAUGUUGGAGUUGUUUCAAAGGUCAUUUUUGAAAAUGCUCCCGGAAAUUGUCAAUUGACAUCUCCCAUGAUUCAAAAAGAUAUCAUAAAUUGUUGUGAUAAAGAAACAACUAAGCGGAUUAUAGAGGAAAUUGGUGAUGAUUACUUUGAUAUCUUGGCCGAUGAAUCUAGUGAUGUAUCCCAAAAGGAACAAUUAGCUCUUUGUUUGUGUUAUGUUGAAAAGAAAACGGGAAAGGUAGUAAAGCGAUUUCUUGGACUUGUUCAUGUUGGGGAUACCACCGCUUUGUCUCUUAGAAGUGCAAUUAUAUUUUUGCUUGUUGAUCAUUCAUUAAGUCCUUCUAAGAUUUGA